AUGCAGCAGUGGGUGUGUGCUGUGGGCGGGGUUGGGGCCCGAGGACCACCCUGCAGCUCCCACGGCGGGGGCAGCGGCACCGAGCUGAGAGGGGAGAGCCCCCUCCGGGGCCAGCCCUGUGCCGGCGGGUCAGCGAGGCCGGCAUAUCCUGGAGAGAACAGCCCCAGACAGGCUGCCAGGAGCCCACCAUCAGCCGUCCUUGGCCCGAAGAGAACACUGCAGUGGGACAUGCAGGCUGGAAACACAUGGCAACAUGCAGCCCUGAGCCCCGCGAGGCAGCUUGUGCGAAGCGACGGGGCCGCAGCCACUGACGGGGCCGGACCCUCCUGUCCUGAUACUCGUUUUGGGCCCAGGACUCAGGAAUCCAAGCUCAUGGACCAGAGGCCCAGAGGAGCCGAGAAGGCUGCCGGAGCCCACACCCGAGGCCGGGAAGCGCGGCGGGGGUGGCAGCAGCUGGUGCAGGGGGGCCCCGACCUGACCCCGUGUCAGGGGCCAGCAUCCCGGGAGACUGACCGACUCAGGGAGCCCGUGCCAGCGAGACCACCAGAGGAGGGCCCGAGCCCAGUGCCCUCCACCAGACUUCCAGAGCUGAAAAGCGAACACUCUCCCAGCGGAAUUUCCGUCAGUGAGCUGAUGGGGAGGACAGUCACGCUGAGAUGCAGAGAAUAA